AUGGCGUGCCCAAUUGCAUUAGCUGCCAAACCUGGGAUAUUGUAUUGGCCCGAUGCUAUUUCACUAUUCAGCAAGAAGUCGACAGUGGCGGGGAAGAUACACGUGGAGGAAAAGAAGCUGUCGAAUGAUGCCGCCGUCAGCAUAGACAAGAACAAGAAAAGGAAGAGAAAGAAGAAAAAGACGAACGUGGAGACGUACAAGAUCAGCGCUAUUUUCAAGGUCCUGAAGCAAGCCCAUCCCGAUAUCGGGAUCUCAAGCAAGGCGAUGGGAAUCAUGAAUAGCUUCAACAACGACAUCUUCGAGAAGCUUGCGGUGGAAUCCUCCAAAUUGGCGAGGUACAACAAAAAAUUGGAUGUCACGUCCUGGGAAGUCCAGAUGGCCGUCCGAGUACUGGUGCUUCCUAACAAGCACGUCGUAUCCGAGGGGACUAAGGGAAAGGUUUAG